GCUCAGAACUGUUCAGUUUCAACGCCACAUGUAUACGACGUUAAAGUAGCUCGAGUAUAUAUAAUCACCAUCGGCGACGACGAGCGCAACACGCAAAACAGCUGUGUGCAACGUAGCUUCUUUGAAUAAUCAAGAAUCGUUCUUCUGUGUUCGACGGGAAGUACGUUUGAUAGAUGGCAGAACAUAAUGCUUCACGGCUAAGCCCGUGAGAUUGUGCGUGUGGCUGUCCAGUAGUCUGGGCUUCUUAGAUUUGGAUGUGCGUUUGCGGUGUAUCGGUGACCGGCUAUCUCCAAACUGUAAUCUUUACUCCUCUUUUCGGUGCUCCACGUUAGCACCCGUAUUAUUUGCAGUGGUGAAGGUGCGAUGAAGUAAAGCCGAAAGAUGAUGAUGGGCGAACAAUUUCGUAGCAAAGUGGAGCAGUACUCGCCAAAGUCUUCGCCGAGGGGUGCGCGCUCUCCAGUUGUAUCUCGUCAAGACUCCACGGGGACCCUGAAGACGACCAUUUCUCUAGGGAAGAAUCCCUCCAUUGUCCACAGUGGGCCUUUCUACUUGAUGAAGGAACCCCCUGGGGAAAGUGAACUUACUGGGGCAACAAAUUUGAUGGCCUAUUAUGGCCUGGAACAUUCCUACAGCAAAUUUAGUGGUAAAAAACUCAAGGAACAAUUAUCUUCCUUCUUGCCAAAUUUGCCUGGUAUUAUAGAUAGACCUGGGCAUCAAGACAACAGCUCUCUAAGAUCGGUAAUAGAAAAGCCACCUAUAGGUGGUAAAGAACUGCUGCCAUUAACAAGUGUACAAUUAGCUGGUUUUCGAUUGCAUCCUGGCCCAUUGCCGGAACAGUAUAGAUACGUAAAUCAAGCACCCCAGAGAAAACAUAAAAAUAAGCAUAAGAAGCACAAACACAAACCUGGAGAGGUACUCAGCGGGCAGGAAGCCACGACGACAGAUGUAGGUGGUUCUGAUACACACGAAAAGAAACAUAAGAAGCAGAAGAGACACGAUGAAGAGAAAGAAGCCAGGAAGAAGCGGAAGAAGGAGAAGAAGAGGAAAAAGCAGAAACAUAGCCCCGAGCAUACCGGUAGCCUUACACCGUCUCAGCAUUCCAACUCGUGAUCUCUAAUCUGCCCUUUUCAGUUUAUGCUAAAUUUUUAAUUGAAAUGUAGAAACAUAUGAACUUCCCUUAUUUCUAAAGUCCACUUUAGAUGAUUAACAAUUCGAAGCGACGCGAAGUUUUAAAAGUCAUAAUCACUUGUUAAUAGACUUUCACCAGCUAUACGUAUACAUACAUAUAUAAAGUGAACUUCAUGUGUAUCUGUGUAAAUGUAACUCUCUAAUUCUUUUAUCUUUCUCGUCUAUUCAUUCAUUAUUUUCUUCUUUUUCUUUUCUUAAUCGAAAUAUUAUAAAUUAUAGCCGUCUGAAGUGGACUCGGGAAAUAUUUAGCUUAGAGCAUAUAUACAACAAGACGCACGAAAACAGCGAAACAGCUAUGUACCUUCUAGUAUAUAUGUUCUAACAUAUACACUCGUGUAUUUAUUUCUUUCAUUUACGCAUAAUACAUGUCGUUUACUUUCGGCAUUGAUAAUACGACGAAAAAGGCAAAUCCUUACGCAAAUAAUUAUGUAGAUACAUCACGUAAAAAGAUAUAAUAAUUUCUUGUUGAUCUUUUCACAUUUGCAUAAACGCAGUUUAAUGAAUUCUCGUUUAAAAGCUGAAGAAAGGAAGUAUUGCGAAGAGCUUUAUAUUUUAGAAAACUACUUGCUCAAUUUCUUUAUUACUUUGUAUGCCAAACAUUACAUUUCCGUCAGUUGCGGUGUUAAGAUAGGUCUAAUAACAUCGUUUAAGUUUGUCAAAUCUCGGCGCCAAAUAGGUAGGGCAUUCGAUUUAACGUUAUAUGUUUGACUUUUGGCAAGUUUCGCGGCGAAGUUCGACAUUUGCAAUUAUUCGAGGAUUUACUUUGUAUAAUUUCCCCUAUAUUUGUAAAUGCGCGUAAUCUCUUCUUAAAAAUUUUAUUUUUGUUAUGGCUCUUCAUGAACCUCGUGAAAAUUAUUAGUGAAAAGAAAUGUAAAAUAUGAAUGUAUAAUAUACGCAGGACACAUCUCGCAGACUUGCCUGCGUGUUUAUAUCGGUGUGUUGUAACGAAUAAACAAAAAUGUAAAUAUUCUUAUUAACGAAAGACUGUGAAUCAGAGAGAGAGAGAGAGAGAGAGAGAAAGAAAGAGGGAGAAAGACAGACAGAGAAGGAAAGAAAGGAAAAUCAGAUACCACUAUUCUGUGUAAAGUGUUCGUUUACAGAGUCUGUAGUGCGAUGUAGAACUUGUACGUUUUAAAUCUAACGUAUUAAGGAAUCUAUUGGAUAUCGAAGAUUUAAUUUUAAAUGUAAUAUUUAUAACGCGCAGGAAGAUAGAAGGAUAGAAUUAAAGUAAUCGAUUUCAAUAGUAA